AUGGACUCUCCUCACUGGGCUCGGAGCUCUGGGCAGCCCUGGAGUGCUGCUGGGUCUCUGUGGGGCUGGGCAGUGUCGAGACUACAGCUGGACUGGACAACAAGGUUCUUUCAGGAGGAUGAAGAGAUGCUGAUUCUGACCCACAGUGAUGAGUUGAACACAACCUAUGGUGAGGAAAACAGAUUGCCUUUUGACAACAUCACAAACAAAAAUAAUACAAGCUGUGAUGACACCAGGAGAAACAGACGGACUGAGCAAGAUAAUCCCAGUGUGAGGGAAAGACCAGCUUCUAACCUGAUGGGAUCCACCAGCAACUCAUGGCAGAAGAGUCCUGCUUUUAAAGAAACCAGAGCUACUGUAAUCUCCUCUGGACCCAGUACCAUCACCAUAACAUCAGCAGUUUCCCCUGCAGACCCCCUUUGGCUCAAAAACACCAGACAUAAUGGCAAAAGAGUAAGACCUGCUGAGAUGCAAGCUGACACGAUGGGAAGCGACGACAAGGAGAACCAGAGUUUCAACCAGAACCAGGGUAGCAAGAGAAGAUCCUUCCGGCUGGCUGGGCUGCUUAGAGGGAAUGUGCAAAAACAGAGACUUUCUAAAGAUAGAAAGGAGAAAAAUGAAGGAGAGGGAACUGCAGAGGGGACUUCUCAGGUCUGUACCAGCUUUGAAGAAGAGCGAGCAGGGAUGAUUUUAACUAAUCCAGUUCAGAGCCCCAAUACCGGCACCACAGGUCUGAAUCCUGCAGCCACCAUCACUGCCUGGGAGGCUGGCUGGAAUGUCACAAAUGCUAUACAGGGUAUCUUUGUGUUGGGUUUACCCUUUGCUCUGGUCCAGUCAGGUUAUGUGGGUCUUGUUUUGCUGGUUCUGUCGGCCUGGGUCUGUAACCACACAGGGAGGAUCCUUGUGGCCUGUCUAUAUGAAGAGGAACAAAGACUCCUCGGGGGGAAUCUAGACCCAAUUGUGGUGAUUGAACUGUUGAUGACCUGUACCCUGUAUCUAGUCGUCUCCACCAGUCUGUUGUCUGAGAGUCUAUCAGGAAUGUCUCUUCCUAGAUCCGUGUGUUCUCUUGUCUCUCUGAUGUUCCUGCUGCCCUGUCUGCUGCUGACUGAUCUCAGACCAGUCUCCACCCUCAGUCUGCUCUGCUCCCUGGCUCACAUACUGAUCAGCCUGUUGGUCAUGCUAUACUGUCUGAGUCGAGCCAGCAGCUGGUCCUGGUCCUCUCUGUCCCUGUCUGUGGACCCGGAGGACUUUCUUGUCUCUGUGGGUGUCAUCAUCUUCUCCUACACCUCACAGAUCUUCCUCCCUCCUCUAGAGGGCAGUAUGGAAGAUAGAGGGCAGUUUGAUGCCAUGCUGGGGUGGACUCAUGGUGCCGCCUGCAUCAUGAAAACGAUGUUCUCAUUACUGGCUGUGGUGACCUGGGGGGCAGAAACCAGUGAGGUCAUCACAGACAACCUGCCCUCUGACCUUCGACCUCUCGUCAACCUAUGUCUGCUGGCUAAAGCCCUGCUGUCCUACCCUCUGCCAUUCUACUCUGCUGCUGAAAUACUACAAACGUGUCUGCUUGGAGAUGCUGUUGUCUCAUCCUACUCCAAACACGGAGGUCGAAGUGUGUCUCGCCCGGCCUUGUUGGUCCGCUGCGCCUUGCUGAUGACAUCAUACCUACUGGCCCUGCUAGUCCCCAGGUUCUCCCUAUUGAUGGGUUUGACAGGCAGUGUGACCGGGGCGGCCAUGACGCUCAUACUGCCGUGCCUGUUUCACCUCAGACUGCAGUGGGGCCGCCUAUCUGUGAGGGCCCGGCUGACAGAUGUGUGUAUACUGAGUAUAGGGGUCAUCUGCAGUGUGUCUGGUGUGAUUUGUUCAGUGAAAAGACUGGUGGAGGCACUGUAG